GCCAACACGCACACUUUCACUCACAACAUGGCGAUGAAGCGCCGAGAGACACGACGGCUCGCCGCCGAUUAACGGGAUACCUGCUCGCUCUGCACACUCCAGGAUGAGUAUCCAAACACCGCUCGGUUAACACAUAUUCCUCCUCUGCGCACCACUGGAGACGAUCGCUCGUUUUCCGCACAUGCAUGCUCGCUAUAACGGCGGAGCUGAUUGUACACACACACGCUGCUGUUACCCCUCUGGUGGAUAUCAAAGGCUUUACAUGGCGGUGAACAAUCUCCUGGUGUUGUGUCUACUUUCGCUGGCGUUGUACGGUCCAUCCAAGCAAGAGAAGCCCCUCUCGGUGGAGCUGAGCUGCGGCGCCGGCCCCGUCCAGGUGGUUCUGGAGCCGACCGCACGCCUGCUGCUGGACUGCAGCCUGGGCUCCAGCGAGAUGCCCUACAACGUCACCUGGCUGAGGGAGGGCCGGCCCCUAGCCCCGGACCACCGGGACCACCGGGACCAGCUGGACUACCCCGACCCCCGCGACCCCCGGGACCACCGGCAGCAGCUGCCCAACGGGUCCCUCCUCCUGUCCCCCGGCAGCCCGGGCGUGGAGGGGGGGUACAGCUGUAUGAGCUCCAGCGCCCUGGGGACCCUGACCAGCCGGACCCUGACCGUGCUCCUGGCAAACCUGUCUGAGUUCCACAAGGACCCGCAGCCGCAGCGUGUGCCAGUAGGGGGCGCCGCCCGCUUCGAGUGCCAGAUCAGGGGAGUGCCCACACCUGUGAUCACCUGGGAGAAGGACGGAGAACCGGUCCCUCAGGAGACAAGGUUUGUGUCCCUGCCCAAUGGGGUGCUGCAGAUCUUGGAGGUCACCGAGGGCGACUGGGGGCCGUACCGCUGCGUGGCGUCCAACUCAGUGGGGCGUCGCCCCAGCGGUGAUGCAGUCCUCACCGUCACUACAGAUUCCACACAAGCCCUGAGCAAAGUGGUGAUCGUGGCGCGGCCGCAGAACGCCACUGUGGUGCUGGGACGUCCUGCGGUGAUGGAGUGCAUGGCUCAAGGCCAGCCCAAGCCACUGGUGUCCUGGAGCAGACAAGACGGAAAGCCCAUCUCCACGGACCUUGUCGUCGUAGCAACCAACCUGGUCAUCAGAGACACGAGACGUCAACACGCAGGUGUUUACGUCUGCCGGGCCAACAGACCCAAGACCAGAGAGUUCGUGAUCGCCGCCGCGGAGCUUCACGUCUCGGCCCCUCCGGUGAUCCUCCAGCCCCCCGAGGCGGUGUCCCUCUCGCGGGGCAACACGGCGCGCUUCAUCUGCAACAGCUCCGGGGAGCCGCCCCCGACGCUGCACUGGCUGCGGAACGGCCGGCCAAUCCGCUCCUUCCGACGGGUGAAGACCCAGAGCCCGGGCAUCCUGCUCAUCAACCAACUGGCCGUGGAGGACACGGGCUACUACCAGUGCAUCGCCGACAACAGCGUGGGCACGGCGUGCGCCACGGCCAAGCUGACAGUCAUAGUGAGGGAGGGCCUGCCCAGCUCGCCUCGCCACCUGCUGGCCGUGCCCUCCUCCAGCACCAGCGUGCUGCUCACCUGGGAGCGACCCCAGCACAACUUCGACCAGGUCAUCGGCUACUCGGUGCACUACCAGUGUGUGGCAGGCUCCUACAACGUGGAGUACCAGUUUGUGGUGAGCAACAACACGGUGGAGUACCAGGUGAAGGAGCUCCUGCCCCACACCGAGUACACCUUCUACGUGGUGGCCUAUUCCCUGCUGGGCGCCAGCAGGCCGUCCAACUCCAUGACCGUGAAGAUGCUAGAGGACGUGCCCAGCGCGGCCCCCCAGAUGUCCAUCGCCAGCAUCUCGCCCACGGACAUCCGGCUGUCGUGGACCCCGCUGUCCGCGGUGCAGAGCCGGGGUGUGGUGACCGGGUACCGCAUCGAGUACAGCGCCCUGGACCCGGCCAGCCGCGUGUUGAGGGAGGAGGUGGGCGGGAACGAGACCCAGGUGACACUGGGGGGUCUGCAUCCCAACAAGGCCUACCGGUUGAGGAUAGCUGCCGGAACCAGGGCUGGGCUGGGUGUGCCGUCGGAGUGGGCCCAACAGCAGACCCUGGCCCACUACAACCACAGCAUGGUUGUCUUUACCCCAACUGAUUUGAAAGUGAGAGCCAGGUCCAAUACCCUGAACGUCACAUGGCAGCCCUCGCCAAAUCACACGCAGAUCUUCGGCUACAAGCUGUCCUAUCGGGAGGUGGAGUCUGAGGAGCUGGCCAAUGGGGAGAAGGCUAAUGUAGCACACACCAUUAAGCUGCGUAAGAAGAACAGAAAUCAUCUGCUCACUGGUCUAGCUCCUGACAGCCUGUACGAGGUGAGGGUGUGGGCCUACAACAAGCAGGCGGAGGGGGCGGCGGCCACGUGGACGGGCCGGACAGAGAAGGACCGAGACAAACCGUCACCCCCACCCCUGGGGAUCCCUCCUCCCCUGCCUCCCAGCGUGGUACAGGCCACGGCCAACAGCUCCUCGUCCAUCUGGCUGCGCUGGGAGAAGCCUCGCUUCAGCAGCGUCCGCAUCAUUGACUACACGGUGCGCUGCAGCGCAGCCGGUACCACCAACGCCUCGCUGGUCUCCUACGUCACAAGCUCUGCCCAGGAGGUCCUGCUGGGAUCUCUGAAGCCCUUCACCCUGUACGAGCUGGCCGUUCAGUCCAACGGCGUGGGUGUGGUGGGACCCUUCAGCUCCACUGUGGAGGAGUGGACCCUGUCCGACCGACCCUCAACACCCCCAGAGGACAUCCAGCUGAACGCGCUGGACUCCUCCUCUGUGCUGGUGCGCUGGCGCCCCCCGCUGGAGGCCAACGGUAUGAUCGUGGGCUACUUCAUCCUGUACAGCAGCAACUUCAGCCAGCCGCAGCAUCUGUGGAGCAAUCUCUCGCAGGACGGGACCCUCACCAGUGUGGAGGUGCAGGGCCUUUCCAGUGACACACGCUACUUCUUCAAGAUGGGAGCCUCCACCAAGAUGGGAGACGGGCCCUACUCCCCCUUGAAGGACGUACACACGCCCCCUCUAAACUAUGAGCUGGACGUCCACGCGGUGACGGGCAUCAUCGUGGGCGUGUGUCUGGGGCUGCUGUGUGUCCUACUCUGCAUGUGUUUCAGCUUCCGCAACAGCAAGACCCGAGAGGUGACGGGGGGGCUAGGUUCCACGGCCGCGUCCCCUCACUGCAGAAGGGCCGGGCGAUCGCCCCCCGCCACCGAGCCAGAGUGCACCGACUCCCACGAGCUGGAGACCCUGAUGCCCCUGAGCGGCCCCCAGGGGGCGGGGGGCCCUCUGGCAUGGGCCCCAGAGGAGCAGGGGUUGUUGGCCGGGCUGGACCCCGGGGGGGCCGAAGGUCACCCUGCGUCUGAGGCCAAGGUCACAUGGAACGGCUCUGUGAGUCGUAAUUGGGCUAACAGAAUCACCAGAUACAGAGAGACCAUGGCAGAAGACUCUCCAAUACUUAUAAAUGGAGCUCUCAAAAUAUUACCCGAUGAAAUUAACAAGGUGGCGGAGGACCCUCUCAGCGCGGCCGUCUGCAGCAACACCGUGGAGGCCCAGGUCAUCGUCCACCUGGAGCUGGACGACCCCGACAAGGGGAAGAGGGGGGGCGAGGGGGAGGAGCAGGAGGAGGAGUACUCUCCCCUAGGCCCGCCUCCUCCUCCUCAUACCGGGGAAGAGGACGCUCUCCUCGCCCACUCAUUGGCCCAAAGCGUUUCCCCGCCCUCCCUAGAUGCGGCGGUGGCCAAUCACAGCGGGGAGACGGAAACGGGCUCCUCCCACGCGGACACGCAGCUGCACCGGGGGGAGGGGCUGACCAACGGCUUCCACCCCCCCCGGACCCCCCCGACGCAGCCGCCGCCAGCGGUGAAGCUGGAGCCCCUGGAGAACGGGGCCCAUAGACACCGGCCCCCCGCCCUGGCCAAGGGCCUCUCCGCCGGGCUGGCCCCCUCCCCCGCCCCCUUCGUCCACUCUACCUCCACAGAACACAGCUACCUGUGCCCAUAGCCUGUGUAGGGAGACUGACAAACCACACACACACACACACACACACACACACACACACACACACACACACACACACACACACACACACACACACACACACACACACACACACACACACACACACACACACACAUUAGACUGAGACCCCUUUUUUUUCAUUCACAUCGAGAAGAGCCCAAGGAUUAUUUUUAUGCACAUCUUUAUUCAGAUUUUCUUGUCUCUUCUUGAUAGGUUUUUUAUAUGUGCUUUGGACCCAUGGUUCCAUACGUGUGUAUAUAUGGUACAUAUUAUAUAUAAUCAGCCCUAUAAGGUACAUGGGUCUGCAUUGUCUUGCAUAGCGAGAGUUCACUUUUUUGCCAGGCAUUUUUUCUGCCUACAGAAGAAAAGAAGAAGAAAACUAAAACUAUUUGAAGCAGAUUGAUUUGAGCUGUGCCCUCUCUCUCACUUAUGGUUCAAUAACGCUGGUGGAGUGUGAGUAGGACUCCCACAGGCUUGUGUUGUGUAUAGGGGGGGGUGACGCUGACUCUGGUGUCCCAGGCCAGUGUGAUGCUACUGUCCCCCCCUGGACUCUGUCUAGCCGUGUUUGUACACAAUCUCAGAUUGCAGAAAGCCCAUGUUCCUCUCUCAAGCUACCUGCUGUCUCAGGGUUCACUAAUUGAAGCCGGCAACGCACCCACCACACACACGCACGCACACACACACACACACACACACACACAACCACACACACACAUGCAGACGCACACUAACACACACACAAAUGUGGAAUGUAAUGUUCAUGGUAGCGGAGCUGUGUUUGCAAAUGUGUUUCUAAAUAUAGACACACGCACGCACACACACACACACAAACACACACAAGCAAAUAAACAUUUCGGAGCACGGGCGUCUCAGGUGCCUAAUUGUUCAAGGCCCGUUUCUAUCCUCUGUGUAUUUAUAUGAAUAUAGUCCAUACCAGUGGGGAAAACCUGUCUGUGUUAGCAAAACAAAUACAAGUAUUUGCAAAUUGAAAGACGCAUCGAUGCAGAUGCUACAAGAAAUCCCACGUCUCGAGUUUGGAGAAGGAUAAUCCUUAAAUUUCGUCAUCCUAACAUUCAGUGAUUCUCGUGUUCCGUGAUCAAUGUGAGUUUUGACAAAGAAUGAUUUAAGUAUCCUUUGGGGGAAAAAAUAAGAGCUGGGUUUGUGUUUGGCAAAUGAUGGAUGUGUACAUGCGUCAUUUCGAGUGUACUUGACCUAACGGCACAUACUGUAUGUGUGUGAGGUCGCAAAGAGCGUGACGGAGUUCAGUGGUGUAACAUUCUCCAGGUAAACUGGUUUCUUACUAGGAAUGCACCAAUACCCCCAAUGCUGUCUGAUUUAAAGAAGAAAGCGUGAUGCUGACCUUGAAUUCAUUUCAACGGCAUUCGCACAGAUUUACAGUAUAUCCAAACGCAUGGUUAUCCACAUAAAGUAUUGACAUAAGCACUCAAACAUAAUCCUUAAGUAUGAUUAAAUAUUUAUUUAAUUCUGAAUCAAGAACGUUUUCUACAAAACAAACACAUUGGCCGUAACUUAAAUCGAGAUCUCGUAAGAAGGUGAAUAUGUCACAAAAUAUGUCACAAAACCCAAUCCGAUUAGUUGUAGACAAUUUGGGUGAAAUAGUGGAUUAGUUAUCACCAGGUUGUUGGGUGUUAGUGCAUUCCUACUGUCAAUCAACACUACUACCUCAUAUCUGGACACAACAGUAUUCUUUGUGGUUCUUCGUGUUUUUGCGACUAGCACCUUUGUUUUUAAAUCUACUUCUCAGCCCUGUCUGAUUUCAAAGCCUUUUCCCAGAAAAACUUUUUUGAGGUUGAUUGACCGCAUAUUACGUUUUUUCUUCUUCCUGUCAAAUCAAACCCCCAUCCUGUGCUUGACACUGCACUCUCAAGACCCGAUAUGCUCAUAUCAAAGAGUUUCAGACAAUUAUCAAAUUCAUUUGUAAAAAACCGCAAAGUAAAAACAUUAAACAGAGGGACUCUUUUCCAAGAAGACAGAAUAGUGGACAUUAGGGUUAGGGUUACCAAAUACCUCAACCCAUUGUUGAUGUUGUUAACUUCUAAUAUGGUGAUGUAGUUGCUGACAACAUAUCCCACAGGUAGCAGAGUAGUAUCGCUUUAACGCUUCCCUGCGCACAUGUUUCAAAGUAUGUUAUCUGGAAGAGAAGACUCGCUUUUUCUUCAGAAAAUAAUGUUGGCUGAAUAUUCAGGAAUAGAGAUAUUAAAAUAUGCAAAUUGCAAACGCUACUAAAAUCUAAAAACUCUUUUCUCUUGGAUUGAACCUAACCUAAAAAAAAAAACAUUUUAUUGAAAUGAAAUUCUUAGAACUGAACCUGCAAAUGAUCUUUCUGGGGUCUACGGAAAAGUGAAAAGAAACAAUUAAUGCACUCACUAACGGUUUUUACUAUGAGUAAUCUGGAUGAUUUACAAUUCUGAGAGUCAAUAAAUUCAAAGCUCAAAUGUGUUCAAUAUGGGAAUGCAUCCUCACUCAAACAUGGAUCUACUUCACACCUUGUUGUCUGUGAAUUUUAUACAGGUCAUAAAUUCAUUAAUGUCCUUGCGAUGUCUAACUCUCACCAGCUGCAUCAGUCACCAAAGCAAAAACAUGUAAAUAGUUCAUCACUUUUAUCUAUCUCUUUACUUCAGUCCUAUUUUCAGACCAACCAAAUCAUUUUUCAGACUUUUUAUAACAGCAUUCAUGAUUGUUAUUGUACCUCUUUUAUACAAUUUUACCAUCAGGAAUUAUACAAGGAAUACAUCAACAGUUGGUGUCUGUGGGGGCUGAUAGAGACAUAAGUGAAUGUCAAACAAUUAGAAGUAGGACGAAUUCAUGUUAUUGUUUCUGCUUAAUGGGAGUAACAAAAGCAUAUGCCAAAUCGUUGCUUUUAGCUGUCACAAACUGGGUAGUGCAUUUUGGCAAUAUGUGCAGUUUUAGUCAGUGAUACAUAAUACAUGAGGGUAUCCUGCCAGUUUCUCUGACCCAUUUGAUCACUUUGGUUAUACUGUUAUUUUCUGAAAUUAAUGUUCAAAUUCUGUGCAUCCGGAAGAUGGCUUAUUCAAGGAAAGGGCUCUGAAUAUAAGUUUUUGAGGGAUUAGUCAAAAUAAAAGGAAUAUUCGGAAAUGCACUAUUUGGGUACAUACGCGGUUUUACCGUUAUUGAUCAUAGGCUCUCAGUUCCACAAAAUAUAGCCUACUAAAUCCAAAAUCGGAUUGAGAUUUUGCUGACAGAUACUGUAUUGUCGUGCUGUAAACCUGCUCUACAAAAGAAAAUAUUUUGCGUCACUAUUUAUUGUUUUUUGAUCAAAUGGGUAUGGAUUUAAUGGCAUUUUCUUUGUUUAACACAACAAAUGUAUCAAAGACAUGCACUGUAAAGAGUGAUUUUCUAUACAGGGAAAAGGGAGACUGGCCCUCCUCAUAGGAGAAUUGUUUCUCGGUUUUUCUUUAUUGAAUGUAAUCUCCUUUUUUUGAUUGUUUUAGUUAAUUUCUAAUGGCAGAAAGGAACCAUAAGUAAAAUGCUCUUUCAUUAAAGGUCAUUUCUAUUUAUUUAAAAAGGACACCUCAUUUUUGAAAACUGUAGAUAAAGUUUGGUACAAAUCUUUUUAGAACAACGGUGAGAGUGUAUGAACGGUGGGGUUUGAUCUUCUGCAAGCUCUCUUCAAUGAUACCUUGUGGGUGUACUCCUAAAAUCUCACUUGUUGUGUUCACUUUUCCUCGGGAUACAUCGACUAAUCAGGCCUACUUUAGCAGUGUUGGGGUAACAGUGCAAACGGGCCAAGAGGACUUCCACUCAAAUGAUCAUGAAUGUAAAAAGAAGAGGUUUUCUGAGCAGUGCCUGGGUUGCUCUGGUGGUUGUCUUUGUUGAAGAAUUGAGAAAUGUCAGAACUCACUGCCAGCACGUGAUUUUCUUAGUUUCAUAUAUUUUGCUAUUUUCUUCCGACAAUGGGAAACAGGUCAGUAGCAUGCACCUCACUUUAAAUAGUGUGCCAAUAAAAAAAUAAACAGAGUUUGGGAAACCGAAAAAAAAAAACAUAAUACACAAUUCAUUUACACAAUACAUAAAUGGUGGAAAUCCCUUGAUGAUCCAGCCCCAAUGAAGGGCAUGCCAAAAGUGUGCCAGGCGAAAUAAUUUGGAAAGAUGAAACACACAGGUCUUAAUCAAAGUUCAGCCGACUAUCUCAACCAAUAGCUCUUCUCAGGGGUGUCAUCUUCUCAAGUUACAGAGCAUCUUAAAAUAGCUUUGUGUAUUUGGCGAACAACGUUGAAAAUGUGCAUCUUUUUUCUUAACAUGUUGAGUGUGAUUGAGUCCAUGUUUUCGGUACCUGCGGGUGCUUCAGUGGUGAGAGGCCAUAUUGAUGUCCGAUGGGGGUUUUGCAGUAACCUACAUUCACCAUUCGUUCUUGGUUUCUGUCUUCAAUGCUGCGAUGUUCUUGCCAAUUGUUCGAGCUCACACGUGUUGAUCUGAGCCUCAUGCAGUGAAACUUGACUGCUUGGCUCCUUCAGACCUCAUCUAUGUAAAGGCGCAAUAUACCGUACACAUACAUGGUUCCACACUGACUGUGACACAUGUCAGACGACUGCUGAUCGGGCCACAGAACACAACUUUGGACACGUUUUAAACAUUCUCAGUGCCAUUUCUUUCUCUUGUUUAAUGGGGGACAUUUUGAGACAGGAUUCUGAGCUGGGCUAAAGUGGGGACCCAACGUACAUGUGGAGAGAUGGCAUGGGCUAGGGAACAGCGGUGGGUUUGUACCAAGUAUUUCUGCUGUGUAAAACUGUAUGUGAAGUCCAAAAAAAUCACAGUUCUGUGAAAUUCGGGAAUAUCUUGUGUAAAUAAACAUCAAACACUGAUGGAAACCAACGUAUCAGAUUUGUUUCCCUUCUAUAUGUGCCGUGCAGCAUUUAACUUUGAUCUCAUAUCCUAUCCUUUCUACCAGUCAUUAAAAUAGGGAAAUAAAUAAAA